GAUGUAACAUAAACUUUACAGAUAUACGACAGUAUUGUUCCUUUUGAGAGUGCUGUUCUCAGGACCUCUGGAAAGCUAGAGCCAGCAUGGGGGAAUUCUGAAUCCCUCCAAUUGUUAUCCCAAAAGGGGUACCAGACCAUGCAUGGUAUCCAAGGAUUCUCCUGGCUCUCUUUGUAACACAGGUGUUCCCAUUGUGAUUGGAGUUACGGUCGCCAGGUUAUAAGCCAUGGACCGAGGCCCCUUGCUGCAAAUCUUCAUUGUUUUCAGUGGGGCCACACCUGAAAAUUCUCGAGGUUUUUUAACCCAAAUCCAGGGGACCCUGGACUAUCUCUGUGUCAUCAUCAUCUCUGGCUCCCGGUGGAGGUGGGGUGGCAACAAACCGCGAGUCUAUAGCAGCUCCAGGAAUGAAGAAAACCCCUCACUUAGUAAUUGAACCUGACAAAUCUAGCCCAUGGGAACUUAAGGCUUUGCUGUGUCCAAAGUUUGUGUAGGCCUCGAUUCACUUGGAACUCUGGAACCCCGGGUCUGAAACACUCGGGGUUUGAAGUGGCCAUCUCCUGGAACCCUUCCCUGAUGAGGGAGCUCCCCCAGAUGCCCUCCCUGGACUCCUCCCUCAAAAUAGGUGUUUGCAGCAGGUCUUUGGCUGCUGGGACAGUGCCCCAGCGUGGUUCCUAGAACGUGCUCCAUCACCCCCAGCGAAAACAGCCUGGGGAGAAAGGGAGUUGUACUCCAACAACAUCUGGGAACCUAAGGCUGAGAACCACUGGAACUUAUUCUUUCUCAAAUAAUAAAUGGCUUCUAACCAGGAAUUCCUUGCCAGAUGAAGCCUUGACUUUUAGUUGGCAUCCAUUUUGCUUCAUCCUCCUCCUUAGCUGCCAUAUACUGUGUUCCUAUGUUCCAAGUCUAACAUACCUCAAAGGGCUCUUGUGGGGAUAAGCUAUGGUUGCCAUAUUCUGGUUUUACAGAUCUGGGUGCCUAACUUGCAUAUUAUGUAAAUUGGCUUGAAAAUAAUUUUUGAGCAGAAUAGUGCACAUUUUGCUCCAUAACUCCACUUCUGCAAGGGCUAGAGAUUAGCUUUUUUCUUUCUUUCUUUCUUUUUUAAUGAAAGCUGAAAUCCUGGAGAAUCUGGGUGGGCUAAGCAAUCUGGGUGAGAUGCGUAAAAUCCGGGUGAAACCUGGAAUUUCGGCGGGGGGGGGGGCAUGGCAACUCUAUGAUAAGCAUAAUGUACACUGCUCUGGGCUCCUUGGAGGAAGAGUGGAAUAUAAAUGUUUAAAUAAAUGAAAACCUGUAAGAGCUGUUUGAGAGUGGAACAGUCUGCCUUGUCACUGCAGAUCUCCUAACAGAGGCUGCAUGAGCAUCUGUUAGGAAUCUUCUGGCAGUUUCCUGUGCUGAGCAAAGGGUUGCACUAGAAAUCCUCAGGUUUGUAGCCAGGCCUGGCCAUACUGUGCCAGGCUGAGUCCAAAAAUUCUGUGGCCAUGACUCUGAUCAAUCUCUGGGCUGUCCUCCACCCAGGCCCAAAGAGAUGCAACCAGGUGACAUAUUACCUGUGUGAUUUUUCUUGGCCACUGAUCAUUGCCUAAGGCAAAUUGUGAUCUCUUGCAUCCUGAGGAUAGCUGAAUUCCUCCAUCUUCCUAUUGAGGUUAUUGUCUUCCAAGGAGAGGUCAGAUGAUCUCCCUGUAUUGUCUGACUGAUCUCCUGAUUGUGUCUGAUAUAGCUGGACAAUUGUUGAACCAUUCACUCCUAGGUUUAAAAGAUUGUAUUCGUUCUGCUCUGGUCUCUGUGGAGGACAGAGCUCUUUUUCCUGACUGCUGUGACUGAGGGGGAAAUCCAUCUGCAAGGAAGAUUGCUGAUUUCCAUUCUGGAAUGAGGUAAUGAAUGACCUUUGAGGAGCUGGUGGUGCAUUUCACUGAGGGGGAAUUGCUGUAUCCAGACCCAAGAGCUCUGCACGAGGAAGUGACGGUAGAGAGUUUCGGCAACAUGGCCUCCCUGGGUGAUAGAAAGGACCAUGAGGACAAUAUGAGACCGUUUGGGCUAUUUUUGGAAGCGACCAAUGAUGAAGCAGCAGAAAAGUCCUCUGGGAAACAAAAUGGAUCAACGAGGCGGGAGAUAAACCAAAGGGACUUCCAUGAAAUUCCAGGCCAGCACGCAUAUUACAAAGGUGGUGGAAGAAAUAAGUCCCGUGUUUCUACAGAGACCAGCCAUAAACCAAGCUUUAAAAUAAAUCACCGAAUUCACACAGCAGAGAAAACAGACAGAUGCUUGACAUAUGGAAAGGGCAUCAUUCAAAACACACAGUCCCCCUUGCAUCAAAGAGCUCAGAGAGCAGAGAAUGCUGGGAGUCAGGGUGGAUCAAAGGCACAGGAUGUUAACCAAACAAAGAAUAAGAGGAACACAUCUGAUGCUUGUCAGGAUGGGAACUUGCAUGUCAUUCCCACUGAAGAAGAAAAAACAGAUGGAAAGAGGAGGAGUAAGUGCCAAAUAUGUGGAAAUACCUUCAGUCAUAAAUCAAGCCUUAAGAGACAUCAAAAUAUCCACACAAGAGAGAGACCAUACAAAUGCGAAGAUUGUGGUGACAGCUUUAAUCAAGAAGCAGACCUUGUUAGACAUCAAACUGUUCACACUGGAAAGAACCCAUAUAAGUGCUUGGAAUGUGGAAAGAGCUUCAGCCGUACUGGAAAACUAAUUGUACAUCAAAGAACCCACACAGGAGAGAAACCAUAUGAAUGCUUGGAAUGUGGCAAGAGCUUCCAUGUGAAAUCAUCUCUUACUAAGCAUCAGAAAAUUCACACAGGAGAGAAACCAUAUGAAUGCUUGGAAUGUGGAAAGAGCUUCCGAACAAGUGAAAAACGUACUGUGCAUCAAAGAACUCACACUGGAGAAAAACCAUAUAUAUGCUUGGAAUGUGGAAAGAGCUACCAUGAGAAAUCAGCUCUUACUAAGCAUCAGAGAAUUCAUGCAGGAGAGAAACCAUAUCAAUGCUUGGAAUGUGGAAAGAGCUUCAGAACAAGUGAAAAACGUACUGUGCAUCAAAGAACUCACACUGGAGAAAAACCAUAUAUAUGCUUGGAGUGCGGGAAAAGUUUUUGUGUGAGUUCAGGCCUUAAGUCACAUACAAAGAUCCACACAGGGGAAAAAUCAUAUAAAUGCUUGGAAUGUGGAAAGAGCUUCAGUCACAGCACAAGCCUCACUUCACACCAAAAAAUCCACACAGGCGAAAAAUCAUAUAACUGCCUGGAAUGUGGAAAGACAUUCAGUCACAGCUCAAGCCUCACUUCACACCAAAAAAUCCACACAGGCGAAAAAUCAUAUAACUGCCUGGAAUGUGGAAAGACUUUCAGUCACAGCUCAAGCCUCACUUCACACCAAAGAAUCCACACAGGGGAGAAGCCAUAUAAAUGCUUGGAAUGUGGAAAGAGAUUUAGUCAGGGUUCACAUCUGAUUUCACAUAAAAGGAUACACACAGGUGAUAAACCAUAUAAGUGUUUGGAGUGUGGAAAAAGCUUCACCCAGAGCUCACAUCUUAAGGAGCAUAAGAAAAAGCAUACUGGGGAGAAACCGUAUAAAUGCUCAGAUUGUGGAAAGUGUUUCCGUUUGAGCACAUGUCUUACUUUACAUCUAAGAACUCACACUGGAGAGAAACCAUAUAAAUGCUUUGAGUGUGGCAAGAGUUUCAGUCAGAGCUCAGCCCUUUCUACACAUGAAAGACUCCACACAGGGAUGAAACCAUAUAAAUGCUUUGAGUGUGGCAAGAGCUUUAAUUGUAGCUCAGACCUUGUGACACAUCACGGUAUCCACACAGGAGAGAAACGAUAUAAAUGCUUGGAGUGUGGGAAAAGCUUCAGUCACAAUAGGAGCCUGAUUUCACACCAAAGGAUUCACACAGGAGUGAAACCAUAGAAAUGCUUGUAGUGUGGAAAAUGCUUACACUAUGGUAAAAACUUUCACGAUGCAUCCGACUUUCCUAGACAUUAAUGAAUCUACAGAGAUAGAGUGAAACUGUAUAGAAACCAAUCACUGCUUUCUAGGGGAAAAAACAAGUUAUUGCUGAAUUCACAAGGUGAACACUAAAGUCAUAUCUCUAUUUGUUGCAGUCCCUGCAUGAUAAGCUUGGUCUCAUUUAUUCUGCUGCUGUAUACGUUGUUCUAAUAAUAACUCCAUAAAGGUGGUUAAAAAAUG